CAAAAGGUAUUAUUAUAAGAGUACGCGUUAAAGCUUUGAUAUGAUUUUAAUGAAAUUAAAAUAUAAUAAUUCCCGUUGUGAUUAUCUGAAGGUGCUGUAGAGUGAGAUGUACUGUUGAAAAAUGUAUGUAAUUCAAGCCUGAGAUAUUAAGCUCUGAUAUACACAGCUGAGCUGACGAGCGUCAAUUAUGUCCCAGCCAUUCCUGACUUUGUUAUGAGUGACGUUUGUGAAAAGACUGUUAGUGGUCAUGAAAUAGCACCAGCUGAAGGGGUAAAUUCAUUCUGGGAAACGGUAAAGCCACAGCAGCAUGGAUUCAGGAAUUGAUUCAACCGAGAGCAGCAGCAACGGGAGCUUGGAAGAAAGUGGUGUAGUUGGUGGUGGUGGAGGAGGAGAGGUCAUGGAAGAGGCCCAACCUGAAGAUCCUCCUUCAGUGGAACAAAUAGCUCCUGCAAAUUCCCCGAAUUUGUCUCCACAGCACCAGCUGGUGAACAUACCUCCCGUUCCAUCCGAAUUGAAGAGCCUGGCUGCAGCAGCGGCAUCCACUCUGUCAUCAACCAUUAAGACCUUGUCAGAAACUGCUGAUAAUGUGUCUCCAUCCCGUUCCAGUGACAGACGAGGGUCCACCAAUAACAAUGUCACCGAAGGACCAAGCAUUUCCUUGUUUAAAAUGGCAAAGACAGAAAUUCCUGAAGGUAGUCAUCUGCAGUUACAUUUCCCUUUAAGUGAAGGCAGCAAUUCUGAAGACAGUGGUGGCACAUCUUAUGAUAUUGACCCACCUGCUGGGCUGACUUUUGCCAAUGUGUCACCCUCAAUGUAUCUCAGUCGUGGAUAUGAAGCAUAUUCACAGGGGUAUGCAAUCCAGCCUUAUGAAAAUAAUGCUCUUCAAAAGAAGAUACGCACUUUGCGCCUUAGAAUGAGACAGCAUCAGUACCAAAUACUCUCUUCAAAAGCAAAGGAACGAACCUUGCGCAUUGCAACAAGUUUGAAUAAUGUUGACACAGUUGAGCAGUUGCUAAGGGAAGGGGUAAAUCCAAGAGUUACAGAUGAGAAAGAAAGAUCACCACUUCAUGUAGCUGCAUCAAAAGGUUACACAGACAUUGUAAGACUGUUGCUUCAAUAUGGAGCUGAUCCAAAUCAGAGGGAUGCAAUAGGAAAUACAGCCCUGCAUUUAGCUGCUUGUACAUCCCAUAUUGACACUGUGACACUAUUGCUAAGAGCAGGCACAAAUGUAAGGCAAGCAGAUAAUCAGGGGUAUUCUCCGCUGCACCUAGCUCGAUCUAAGCUAAGGAACCUUCAGAGAGAUAGUAAUUCCUCCUCACAAGAAAUCAAAAGACAAGUUUAUCAGGUCAUAGAGAUGAUGCAGACAUACUUGGAGUGCUCUGGGAACCCAGAAGAAGCAGAACUGCUUACCAUGUUUACCAACCAGCUUUCUUUGUCAGAUUCUCGCCAGCAAGUUGAAAGUGAUCUGCAGACUCUAUUAAAUUCCUUACAUGAUUUAAGUUUAGUGAAAUCUAAAGCUGCAUAAAUACAUAUUAGGCAAUAAUCUAGUUCAAGGUUUAACUUAGGUUUAUAAUCUUAAUUCCCAAAACAUUUUGUUUGAUGAAUGUUAAAUUUCAAAAAGCCUGGUUUUUUACUAAAAAGUUUUGCAUUAGAUAUGAGAAUUUGCCAAACUUUGUAGAAUUGCCAACUGACAGAGCAAAGAUAAUGCAAAAUGUAUUUCACCUGUUCAAUCAUGUUAUUACUGUUCAACAUGUAAACAGCUGGCUACAAUAAGGUGUGACGUCCAGACAGUUCAAAACUACCACCACAAAUCUUAGAUUAUAUGAUUUUCAGUUUUCAAGGCUAUAAGGAAUCUUCAGUGAAUUUGGGGGUUAGUUGGUUUUAUGUGUAUGCACAUUUUUCCAUGCACCCACAAACGAUUGUAUAACAUGCAUUUUGUUGUGAUUGAAGUUAAUUUCAAUUGUGAAUUAUAUUUUGUUAUAUGAUAUGCAUCUUACCAGUGUCAGUGGUCUGUGCUGUUGAUUUAUAGCCCACUUCAGCAGAAUUCACAUAUAAGUGUGGCACUUGUUGCAAAGCUACACUAAAGGGAAAGUGGCAACAGAGAAGUUACAAAGCUACACUGAAGGAAAAGUGGCACAGGGAAGGAAAUGACCACAAUAUUUUUCCUACAUAUGUGUAUAAGCACUUGAUCUGCACACAGGUAAUGGCAUGUAUGUAUAUUCUGUAUUUAUUGCCUAUCUUUUCCAGUCAUUUACUAUCUUAUGUUUUAUUUUAAUUUCUUUUAUUGUGCUUUAUACUAUUUAUAUACUAUUAGUAUUAUUUAUAUGAGUUUCUAUGAUUUAUGUUUGUUGAUCUUCAUUUUGUUGUUUUCUUAUACAGGUAUUGUAUGUAUGCAUGUGUUGAAGCAACAAACCCCCAAUUUCUUUUUUCUCUUUAAGUAGUCACCCCCUAAUCUUUGCAUAGUGACAGUUUGGUUUUGAUGAAAUAUGGGGGCUGGCUACCUCAGUGUGUAAUGUAAUUUAUGUUCAAAUGCAAGAGUGAACUUAGAGGUUUACAUCUAUGUAUGUAUGUACAUAUGUACAAUAAAGUCUUAUUUAAACUUAUUC